GUGGAGGAGGAGGAAGCAGAAAGAAAUUUGGCUUUAGAUGGACCUUGAAUCAGAUGAACCCACGCGCGAUCUUCCAACUCUGAUCGCCGUCCGUAUGCCUGAACCAUUGUCACCGUCGCAUCGUCGUUUCAUCUGUUCCAACUGCUCGCGCCCUGGUCCGGUGUGCCUCUGCCACGUCCUUCCAUCGCACCCUAUCCAAACCGCGACCCGAGUAGUGAUCCUUCACCACCCCCACGAGGCACAGCACAAGCUCUCCACCACUCCAAUUCUCACCAAGGCACUACUCAACGCCACUGCCAUUGUCGGCCGACGUCUCCAUCCUGGCCUCUCCGCACAACUCGACCAAUCUCCCAAGGCCAUAUAUCUCUUUCCGCCAACUCACUCUUCGCCGGCCGUCAAUAUCGAUCACCUCAAUGCAUCGGACUGGCUCCGAAACAAUGGAGAAGAUGUGGUUUAUGUUUUUGAUGGAACGUGGAAGCACGCGAGGGAAAUGGUGAAGGCCAGCGAGGAGUUUCUUUCGAAGUUUGCGACUAGGGUUUGUUUGGAGAUCGAUGAAAAAGUGAGCGGUGGAAGUAUACAUGACUCCGAAUUGAUCUUGAGGAAGGAGCCUUUUUCCGGGUGCGUGAGCACCAUGGAGGCUGUGGCAAGAGCUUUGAGAGUGAUUGAGCCAAAUGGGUUAGAGAUUGAGAGCAAAUUAAUUGAGAUUUUGAGGGAAAUGGUGAGGCUACAGGCUGGUUAUUUGAAGCCAAUGAAGCCACGGCCUAAACUGAUGAAUAAGGUUAAGGAAAAGGAGAAGCAAAUGGAAAAGAAUGAGAGUUAUUUGUUAUCGAAUACUUGAAGAGGAUUGUGACAUUCUGACUUCAACAAAUGAUGCGUACGGGGUAUGAAUGUGCACAGUUUUGAAAAUCUGUGCGGAGGACCUGUCUGGUGAAUAUAUGGCACGAUGUAUGCUGCUUUAGAAAUGUGGGAGAUAGAUUGAAUAUGAUGCACCCGUGUUAUGCCUCAGUAGAACUAGUUCUUGCUAGAUAUAGAUUAAUGCUGAAUUGCUGAGUACCGUACCUCGGUUUGUUUGGUAAAAUUGGACUCCCUGCAGCAUAUUCCUAUUUAUGACUUUAUGUAUUCUCUGUGAUUGUAGCACUGUAGUACCUGUCUACCUGACUUCCUAGACAAGCAUAUGAUUAAAAAGUUGCGGAGCAGCAAUUGGAAUCAAAUUCAUUAGUAUCAUGAUAUGUGACAUUUAUAAAUGGCAUCUCUUGGGUAGGGUGGUUGGUCUAGCAAGCAUGGCUCCAAAUCUAAUCUUCCAACGAAAUUGAUAA